CGCCGUAGUUUACCGUCAACUUUUGGGCUGUCUGGGCGUCUAGAGUCUAAAAACUGAACCACAAUCGAAGGUUCUAUCAGUAUAGAACGGACCACGGCCUCGCACGGGAGGACCACUCAAUAUUCUCUAGAAGUAGUGUAGUAGUGUAGUGUCUCUAAGAAUUAUUUAGAAUGCUGAAAUCGAUAGUUAUAGUUGCCGUGUUUGCGGUUGCCGCUACACAUGCACAGUUCACGUGCCCGAAAAACCGGGGCCAGUUUGAGCACCCGGAGCAGUGCGACAAGUACUACGUAUGCGACGAGGGCGUAGCAACGGAGAAGAUCUGCCCGGAUGGGCUCGUGUUCGAUCAGACGAUCAGGCUGGUCAACAAGUGCGAUCAGCCCUUCAGCGUGGACUGCGGUGACCGUUUGGAAUUGCAGGAGCCCCAGGGAACCAGCGAUUACUGUCCACGAAAGAAUGGCUUCUUCAGCCACCCUGAUCCGACAAUCUGCAACGUAUUCUACAAUUGCAUCAACGGCGAGGAGGUGGAAAUGAGCUGCACCGGAAGCUUGCACUUUGACGAAAAGUCCGGAACCUGUGUCUGGCCCGAUGUAGCCGCCCGCACUGGAUGCGCUAGUAACGCCUACAAGAAACUAAAUGACGGUUUCGAGUGCCCCAAGGAGUCCCGAUUCGACAAAAACGGCCUCGCCAUCAUUCACCCCAACUACCCGCAUCCCACGGAUUGUUCCCGUUUCUACUACUGUUUGAAUGGUAACGAGCCACGUCAGGGACAGUGUGACGCCGGACUUGUCUACAAUGAAGACGUUCAGCGCUGUGACAACCCGGAUAAUGUUCCGGAAUGCAAAGACUGGUAUAAGGAUGAAGAAGUGAAGAAGCAAUAAGUGUAUCUGCCGAAACUGCCAUGAGUAUCCUCGAUCUGAGAUGUGCUGAUAGAUGAGUGUGUUUGCGAGUGCGAUGUGCGAGUGCCAGAUGAGCGGGGUAUCACCGAAACGAAGCGGGACAUGCAAAAUUUCCCGUUUCUAUUUUAGACUUGCCCUUUUUUUUAAUGAAAAGCAAAAAAACACUAUUUAGCUUAUAGAAUUUGAUAGUAAUAGUAGCGUAUAACGAUUUGUGAUUUCAAUAGUAGAUGUUUUGUAAAACGAUCCGCGACAAAUAUUUUGUACUUGUAGAAGAAAAAUGUAUUAACAAUCAAAUCUCUUUCAAAAACUUUAA